CGCUACGGACCAGCCGGCGAGGCCCGGCUGCACUCUGGAGACUGGGGCAGUGUCGACCAUUGCUGCUCCUAGUCAUCCUAACUGCCCGUCUGGUCGUUUCGACCAGACGACGGUGCACUUUCCACCUGGCAGAUUGGGAGACAGCACGUGGGUGUGUGGUGCGUAUUUUUGUUAUCUGGCGGCGCGUCCUACAAUCGGGGGCGAUGGCUUCAUUGGCUCAACUACAACAGGAUGCGGAUGACUGGCUGUUGACCAUUCAGGAGGGCUGUGUGCGCUUGCGAAGGAUUGUGGAGGCUCUGUCUGCGAAGGGAAGGGAUUGGCAUGCAGAGGGGCCGGCUCCUCAGCUGGACGACCUCAUUGAUUGGCCACAAGCGAAGACCCUUAUGCAGCGUUGCUAUGCCAUCUUCACGGAUGGGCGGGAUCUGUGCGAUGCGAUCGAGGCGCAGGCAGCUACGAUGGCAUCAGCUGCAACAACAACACCAGCAGGCGUAUCAUCAACCAUACAUACAUCAGCAGCGGCAGCGACUACGACAACAACAACAACAACAACGACAACAAAGACAACGACAACAACGACAACAACGACAACAACCAACAACGACAACAACGACAACAACGACAACAACAACAACGACGACGACGACGACACACGCAACACCAACUAUACGAUCUACAUCGGCAACGGUGUCGGCAGUGGCAGCAGCGGCGAUGACGACAACAACAACACCAACAACAACGACGAUACACGCGACAACAACGACAACAACAACAACAUUAACGCCAACAACUCCACUGACUGUGAUAUCCUUAAUAUCACCAUUGAUGAUGACGGCGAUAUCAACUACAAUGGCAAUUAUAACUCCAAUGAUGGUGACGGAGCUGACAACAACUAUCGACAUUACUAUACCGCCUCUACUGAUGAUGGUGGUGUUACUCACAAUGGCAUGGGCUGUGGGUUCGCCUCCUUGAUUUCUCCCCCCAUUUCUAGAGGGUUUUCUUUUGCAUUUCUGGUUAUUUGUCAUCCUUCGGAUAGGGGUGGGUUAGCUAUUGAGCAAUGGUUUAAGGGGAUUGCCGGCCCUUCAUCUGUAAUUACCGGGUGCUUUGAUAGGCUAGAUAGGUUUGUGGUUACGAAGGCUGGUGGUUAAGGUGGGCAAAAGACCAUGGGCUUCCCGCCCCCUACACUAAGAAUGAAUUGACAAGUGGCGU